CCUCUCUCUCUUUUUUUAUGUUACAGGCACGCGGGCCAAAGAAGCAUCUGAAGCGGUUAAAUGCUCCCAAGCAUUGGAUGCUUGGGAAGCUCAAUGGAAAUUAUGCUCCCCGUGCAUCAACUGGACCUCACAAGUUGAGAGAAUGCCUUCCUCUCAUCAUCUUCCUCCGCAACCGUCUCAAGUACGCCCUGACCUACGUUGAGACCAAGAAGAUCAUGAUGCAGCGUCUGAUCAAGGUCGACGGCAAGGUGCGCACUGACAUCACCUACCCGGCUGGAUUCAUGGAUGUGAUCUCCAUCAACAAGACUGGAGAGAACUUCCGUCUCAUCUACAAUGUCAAGGGACGCUUUGUUGUCCACAGGAUUGGCAGCGAAGAAGCCAAGUUCAAGCUGUGCAAGGUGCGCAAGGUAUGGACCGGACCCAAGGGUAUUCCCUACCUCAGCACCCACGAUGCUCGCACCAUCCGUUACCCUGACCCCCUGGUGAAGGUCCACGACACCAUCAAGGUCGACAUCUCUACCGGCAAAAUAACAGAUCACAUCAAGUUUGACAGUGGUCACAUGUGCAUGAUCACCGGAGGUCGUAACUUGGGACGUGUUGGUACCAUCACCCACAGGGAGAAGCAUCCUGGAUCCUUCGAGAUCGUCCACGUCAAGGACGCCUCAGACCACACCUUUGCCACUCGUCUCUCCAACGUGUUUGUGAUCGGCAAGGCAAACAAGGCCUACAUCUCCCUCCCCAAGGGCAAGGGAAUCCGUCUCACCAUCGCAGAGGAGCGCGAGAAGAGGAUCGCCCAGAGGAAUUAAGCGACCAAUCCCUUUGCGAAGCAACCGUCAUGGAUUCCACAUCCUCAUGAAUUUCCUCAACAUCACAAACUCUAAACUAUUCAGUGAUCCGUUUCAUUCGUCCGUAUCCAACUAUCCAUUCUGAAUUGCGACAUGGCUAGAGGUGUUGAACAAAGACAAUUCAAACACACAAAUAAAUAUGUGACACAACAA